AAACACAACAAACCGCUGUCAACCAAGCAAGAGCCCGCGCUUGGUGCUCGCCACUUUGGUAAACACCAUUUUGUGCGUCCGUCUUCUUUUAUACCGUGCAUCAUUGAAUUGUGCUUUUAGUCACGAUGGAGCUCAUCAAUCCUAGUCCAUCGACUCACCAGACUACUGUGGCCGAUAAGCUACGCUCGAAGGAUGCGGCCAGACGGUUCAAGUACGGUUCGCCGAAGCUGGUCGAUAUGAUGCGUGAGAAGUGUCGCAUCCGCAUCAAGGAAGCCCGCAACGAUCAGUUCCUCAAGAAGCGAAACAUUCUGCUGGAGGAGAAAUCUUUUCUAGCAUCGAUUGUACGCGAGGAGCUGUCGGAGCUCGAGCACGACAUUGCCCUGCAGGAGCUGAUCUACAAGGAGCUGAUGGAGGACGCGGAACAGUGGCUGUUUUACGAGCAGGCGGAAAACUAUCUCAUCGACACGUACGACACGGACGCCGUGUUCUGUCCGAUCUGCGAGCAUAGCGUGCUGCAGCUCGAUAGCGCCGCGAAGCUGCUCAACUGUUCCUGCGGUGUACGGCUGCGGUACGCUGGGACAAUGGAGGAUUUCAAUAAGCUGGUGUCGGAUACUAUCGCUCAGCACGCGGCGGCGCGUUGUGCGAGCAAUUUACAGUUUUUCACCGAACCCAUCGUGGAUGUAGAUUUUGUGCAGCUGAACGCUUUCUGUCUCGGCUGUGACUAUUACCGUGAGCUAACGAGCUAAGGGCAUACUAGGGCGAGGAGAGUUUUGUUUUUUUCUGUGUAUUGUUUUUGUAUUACGUUUUGCUUUUUAAAUUGUGUUGUCUAUUAGUCCCCCGUUUGCGUAUUGAUAAGCUACUGUUGUAUUUACUGCGACACUUCCUCAAAUCGGCGAUUUAGGCAAACCAUAAUUGUAUAAUAAAUGUAUGUUUGCACUUUGGAAA